AAGCGUGAAGGGGAAAUGGCAAAAGUGAAGGAGAAAAGGCGGGAAAACGGUGAGGCCGUGAGGGGCAUGGCGGGCGCCUCGGUGAAGGUGGCCGUCAGAGUCCGGCCCUUCAGCGCCCGCGAGAGCAGCCGCCAGGCCAAGUGCGUCAUCCAGAUGCGAGGAAACACCACGUGCAUCACCAACCCCAAGCUCCCCAAAGACGGCACCAAACAUUUCACCUUCGACUACUCCUACUGGUCCCACACCUCGGAGGAGGACCCCAACUUCGCCUCCCAGCGCCGGGUGUACCAAGACAUCGGGGAGGAGAUGCUGGCGCACGCCUUCGAGGGCUACAACGUUUGCAUCCUGGCCUACGGCCAGACCGGCGCCGGCAAGUCCUACACCAUGAUGGGGCGGCAGGAGCCCGGGCAGCGCGGCAUCAUCCCGCAGCUCUGCGAGGAUCUGUUCACCCGCGUCGCACGGGAGGGGUCCCCCGAGCUCUCCUUCUCCGUGGAGGUGAGCUACCUGGAGAUCUACUGCGAGCGUGUGCGGGACCUGCUGAACCCCAAGAGCCGGGGG